AUGGUGCUCGGUAGCAACUUAAGCGGUAACGUGUCAGAGAUUCCUGUGUGGUUCGGCAUAAACUAUAACCGUCAACUUCGGCUUAUAAUUCUAGCUGUCUUGUUUAUUGUCUCGUUGGGAGGAAAUGUCGGCUUCUUCGUGUGGAUGUGGUUCAACCGCCGGACUAGAAAUCGAAUUAAUACAUUCAUGGUGCAUCUGUGUUGUGCGGACUUGUUGGUUGCUUUUUUCGCUCUCCUUUCACAGUUCAUCGUGGAACUAUUAGAACUCACCUGGCUGAUGGGGGAUGUCGGAUGCCGUCUUUUUAAAAUUUUGCAGUGUUUCACGCUCUUCGCAUCUUCUAACAUGGUAGUCGCUAUAGCCAUAGACCGUUACCAUUCAGUCCUUUACCCGUUCAAGCAAAGAUUAGGCGUAUAUGUCAUCAUAAUACCCGCUUGGCUGAUCGCGUUCUUUCUGUCGAUACCGCAGGCUUUUCUGUGGAAGGUCAUCCCAGAUAAACAGGGGACUGUUGGCUGUCACACAUCACUCGAGAAGAACUGGCAGAAACAGACUUAUCUUACUUGGGUUGCUCUAGUGAUGUUUUUCAUCCCAUUUAUUUUGAUCACCUCAUUCUACCUGAGGAUAACGUUCAGAUUAUGGCAAAGAAGAAACACGGUAUUGCCAGGGAAAAACCAACGACGUCGCAAUGCUAAGAUGAAGACAUUGAAAAUGACCUUCGUCAUAAUUACAUUUUUCGUUGUCUGCGGGCUACCGUAUUUCGCAUUGGACAUGUACCGAUUCACCGGGCGGGGCAAUGUGGACAGGAACGCGUACGCGGUUCUGGGUAUAUUUUCUGUCUCUCACUGUGCCGUUAAUCCUUUUAUUUUUCUCGCUUUUAAUGCUAGAAGCAACUCCUCUCCAGCGUCAAUACGUUACCAUGACAACUCCGUACUGGUCUCGACUCCGAGCAGAGGCUUAAUAUGA